AUGGCAGAGUUUGAAGUAUUACCAGAAGCGUGCAUUGCGUCCAUACUCUCUUAUACUACACCAAUUGACGCGUGCCGGCUCUCUCUCGUUUCUAAAACUUUCCGUUCUGCAGCCGACUCCGACACUGUCUGGAACAAAUUUCUCCAGUCUGAUACUCCACUUAUGGAUCAUGUCAUUAAACAUUCUCCUACCCUUGCCAACUUCUGUACAAAAAAGGCUCUCUAUAUGUUUCUAUGUGAUCGCCCUACUACCCUUCAUCAUCGUCAUAAGAGCUUUCAAUUGGUGAAAAAGAAUGGGAAAAGGUGUUUCAUGCUUUCUGCCACUUUUCUAAACUUUCUUUGGAGUUAUCCUACGGAAGUAGAAUGGACUUCCCUGCCUGAUUCUAGAUUCUCUGAAAUAGCUCAGCUUCGAAAUGUGUGUACGCUUCAAAUUCAUGGUGAGAUAAACACCACUUAUUUGUCCCCAAAUACUUGGUAUGCGGCUUACCUAGUGUUCAAGAAGGCUGAUGUCUGGGUAGUUGAGCACAAACCUGUGGAGUUUGUAGUUAGUAUCCGAAGUGGCCAUCAUGUCUCGAUGGAUCAUUAUUUUGAUGAUCAAUAUGUGGAAGGGCAAUGUUCUAGGGUGAGAGGCGAUGGAUGGCUGGAGACAGAGAUGGGGUUGUUCUAUAAUGCACCCAAAACAGAUGAAGACAUACAUAUGAAUGUUUAUCAGAUUAAGGGUUGUAAUUGGACUAUCUCUCUUGAAGGAAUAGAAGUUAGGCCGUAUGACAGUUAA